CGGGCAAUAAAUUACUGCUUUAUGUACAUAUAAAUAUAUUCUCGCGAAUGUAAUUUUCAGUGUCAGUGCUAAACAAUUUGUUCGACAUGUAUCGUGUUGUUAUAUUGAGCUUUGUAUUUGUAGUCGCUUUGGCUGACGUAGACAAGAAACAAUGCUCACGUGUUUUCCAUCCUCAUGCAAUGCACUGCUGCAAGAAAGGUCCCCCUCCUGAUGGGAAGCCCGAUGAUUUAUCUGAAUGUUUUCAGUUAUCAAGGGAUCCUGCUUCGUGUGAGCGCGACGCCUGUUUAGCUAAAAAGCGAGGUUUUGCCACUGACGAUGGCAAACUGGAUAAGACCAAAUUAAUGGAUGUUAUGACUAAAGAUUUUGUGGACGACGCCAGUCUAAUAGAAGAUGUGAAGAAAAACUGUAUCAACGGAAAUUACGAAAACUAUGCCCCACCAGAGUUCUGUGACUUUUUGAAAAUGAGACAUUGCCUUUCUAUGCAGAUGCUGAACCACUGUUCUGACUGGGAGGAUAGCUCUGACUGCAAGGAAAUCAAAGGAUUAGUGGCAGAUUGUGUGAAAUUAGUUUCGUAAAAAUUUUUACUGUAUAAAAAGAGGCCGAGAAACGACGGAGGGCGAUGGAAAUUUCAAAUUAAAUUAAACUGGAGCACUUAAAAUUGUGUUUUACUCUUAAACCCUAGAAACUGUCAAGUAAGAUUCCAUAACGUUGAGUCCAUAAAGCUUUUAGUAGUUGACCCUUCGCUGGUAGAAUUAGGUAGGAACUAUUUCUUUGCUAAUUAUAUUGAAGUAAUGAAG